GCGGCGGCCACAGUCACCGGCGCCCAGAGGCUCGGGCUCACCGGACCGGGCGGGCGCCCCGGACCAGUUCGCGCGGUACCUGCAGGCCCGCGCGCCCCGCCGGCGAGGGACGUUCGACCCGGCUCCGGGGUCGUGGCCGCUCCGGCGAGAAUCCCCUCCGUGCUGGUGGGACCACAGCUGCUGGCCUCCCAGCAUCCAUCUGGGAAGAUGAGCGCCUGUGGGAGGAAGGCCCUGACCCUGCUGAGCAGCGUCUUUGCCGUCUGUGGCCUGGGCCUCCUGGGCAUCGCGGUCAGCACUGACUACUGGCUGUACCUGGAGGAGGGCGUGGUCCUGCCCCAGAACCAGAGCACAGAGAUCAAGAUGUCCCUGCACUCAGGCCUCUGGCGGGUCUGCUUCCUCACAGGUGAGGAGCGAGGACGCUGCUUCACCAUUGAAUAUGUGAUGCCCAUGAACUCCCAGCUGACAUCCGAGUCCACAGUCAACGUUCUAAAGAUGAUUCGGUCAGCCACACCAUUCCCUCUGGUCAGCCUCUUCUUCAUGUUCAUUGGCUUUAUCCUGAGCAACAUCGGACACAUCCGUCCCCACAGGACAAUCCUGGCCUUUGUCUCCGGCAUCUUCUUUAUCCUCUCAGGCCUCUCUCUCGUGGUGGGCCUGGUGCUGUACAUUUCCAGCAUCAACGACGAGGUGCUCAACAGGACUAAGGACCCAGAGACCUAUUUCAACUACAAAUACGGAUGGUCCUUUGCCUUUGCUGCCAUCUCCUUCCUUUUAACAGAGAGUGCCGGCGUGAUGUCUGUGUACCUGUUUAUGAAGAGGUACACCGCCGAGGACAUGUACAGGCCCCACCCUGGCUUCUACCGUCCCCGGCUGAGCAACUGCUCCGACUACUCGGGCCAGUUCCUGCACCCGGACGCCUGGGUCCGGGGCCGCAGCCCCUCCGACAUCUCCAGCGACGCCUCCCUGCAGAUGAACAGCAACUACCCCGCCUUGCUCAAGUGCCCCGACUACGACCAGAUGUCCUCUUCGCCCUGCUGAGCCUCGGCCGCCUCCCGCCCUGGACCGCGGACGGCCGGACGGCCGGACGGCCUGCCCCGCCCCUUCUCUCCGGCCGCCCUGCGACUGGGUCCUGUCCCCGCGCUGCCCCCGUGGCCCGGGGAGGCCGGGGCGGUCGGGCAAGCUGAUUGGCUGAGAGCACGGGGCAGCCCCACCCCUAGAGUGCCAAUCACGCCGCAGCUCAAGGAAGCCCCAGCUGUCCGGUGCUCCCUGCCCAGCGGUAUAUUGUUCCUGCCCUCCCAACUCCAUGCCCCCAGGCAAGGCCAUCUCUGAGAUGCCAGAUUCCUUACAUGGACGCAGCCGGACUCGUGCACUGGCCAACUGGCCUGGCCCUCACGUUCCUGACACCUGGCCGACGCCAUCGGGCCAAAGGGUGACUGAUGUGGCGGUCUGGCUGGCUCAAAAAUGCCAUGCAAGCAGUGUUCCUUCUGAAAUCCUUUAUCCUUUUUUGUCACUUACGUCCCUCCAUACGACACGUCUGCCUGUGCCCGCCCCUCUUCCCGCACAGGCUGUGAACCUGCCCUCUGUUCCUCACACCACAAUCCAACUGGCCCAGGGUCCCAAGGGGCUAAGUGGUGGUGGUGGUGGUAGUGGUGAAUCUGAGACCACGCUGAUAAAGCCACAAAGAGGCGUUAAUGGCUGAAGAUAUCUUAAUAUGUAUGGCCCUUUGAUAACAUACUCCACAGGGGUCUGUAAUGCCUUAACCCAGAGAAGUGAUUCUGACAAUGAGAAUUUUAGAAUUGGGCUAGUUUAAGUUCCUAUUACCAAGUACUGCUUCAGGACCCAGGGACACUAUCCCUGCUUACAAGGGAGAUGUUUCCAGACCAAGGCCCUACCUACAAUCUAAUCAUGCAGACAGAUGUCUAUACCACCUAAGUAAAAGGCAGCUUUCAAGGUGGCUCCCUUGGAUUUGGAGCUAAGUUUGGUGACACCCGGUGCAUCUUGAGUCUAAACAAGGCAGACGUGGAGUGACUUCAGCUGCUCUCCUGAGUGUGCCUGUGAGCAUUUGGAAGUUGCUAAUUUAAUCCUGACGUAGGGGAGCGCCUGCUUCCUGGGUAUAGGUUGUAUGCAGACCAAUCAGAUGCCUCCAGAAGACCAGGCAGUGUGGCACCUGUUUCCCAGGUGGGAAACCUUAAUUGGAGAUGUCUAAUCACCUUCCCUGAAGUCCACAGGCAGCACGCAGUGGGGCAGCCACAGCAAACCGUGACUGUGAUCUUGGUGGUCCUCCAGGCAUCACUCAACUUGUACAUUUUUGAUUUUGAGAUGUUGAGUAGCAAAACACUGCUGUGCCCCCUUUGUUGCCUAUUUUGGCUAUGCCAGCUUUUUCUUGCUCUAAGAUACCAUUAGUUUCGUUGCUUCCCAGCCUCUGGCUAAGACCAAGUGUAAGAUGCCAUUAGGUCCUGAGUGGGCAGCACAUGAGCUCUGGCACGCAGUGCAGAAAGCCACACACCUGGUACGUUAGCUCAGGCUGCCGAACAAACUACCACAAACUGGGUGGCUGAUGUAACAAAAAUUAAUUUUCUCCCAGUUCUGAGGACCAAAGUCCAAGAUCAGGGGUUGGCAGGAUUGGUUUCUUCUGCCACCACUGUCUGUGGCCUUCCUGCUACGUCCUCACUCUUCAUGUCCCUGCACCCAGCUGCCUCUCAGUAUAUCCAAAUUCUCUCUUCUAAUAAGGCUAUCAGUUACAUUGCGCCGCAGCCCACCCAAUUAACUAGAUGAUUCAUUUUAAUUCAAUCACUCUUUAAAGGCCCUAUCUCCAAGUCCACUCAUAUUCUGAAGUACAAGAGGCUAGGGCCCCAACAUACAAAUUUAGAGGAGGACACGAUUCAGCCUACAAGUGGCAGGCUGAUUUGCAGCUGGAAUAUUCCACAUUUGUUUCACAGCAUGGUAGAGGGGAAAGAGAAAAAAAAAACAAUUCUGGUCCCAGUUCAGCCACCAACUCACUGUGGAUCCUGGGUCAACCCCCUUCUACACAGAAUUGUUUCUGGGCAAACACCACAUGCACCCACAACUCUGAUGGUUCAGUCUCAUGUAGAAAGCUGUAUACUGCAUUUGUAUGUGACUUGUCAGCCUUUGCCUAUGAACUGGUAGCAAGUUCAAGGCCUCAGUUUCCCACUCCUUUGGCACCCUUGCGAUGACUGUUGUAUUCUUUGGUUACUGUUUACAGAAUAAUACCGAAACCAUGUUUUCCCUCAAAGCGGAGGAAUCGGUUAGCAUGCUUGGAGACGAUUAGGUAGCAGUCCUGAACAGGACAAUUGUUUACGUGUGCUCUUCUCCAAUUUUUGUCAAUGUAAUUAGCUCCUAAGAGGCACUUCUCUCUCUAAGACACUCUUUCUCUGUCACUGCACCAGGCUUAUUUUUGUGCACAUGGAAAAAAUAGAAUCCACUCUUAAACACAAGCUGAUUGUUGACUGUGACGUUAUUAGGAUUGGCCUUUACCGGCCCGGAUGCUGAGCUGCUAAUGAAAGAAAGAGCUCUUACCCUGGAACAGGCCGCUGCACAUAUCUUAGAAACAGGUCCUGGGCCACUUUCUCCCCUCAUGGGAGAUGGGUGAAUGUAUCAGUAAUUACACCACCAUUACAGUUUCCUUUCUGUCUGUAAACCUAUCCCAGAACAGGACCUUAUUUGCAGCCUCACCCCAAUCACAAGAUUUAUAUCCAACAUUAAAGUGUAUA